UGCGCUCGGACAACGACAAAUUACAGGAACCAACCCGGUAGAACUUUGCUGCCAAUAGUGCAAAAACUCCAGAAAACGCCGUCGUUCUCUUCUAACUAACAUACUGUUUUUGUCUCAUUCACCGUCGCUUUAGUAAAUAUCUUCUUGGCAUUAUCAUUUCCUGUCCUCAAAACCAAUAAAAAAAAAGUCCUCUCUUUCACUGUGACAGAGACUCGGACAGAGAAUGAGAGAUAUUAAUCAGUCGCCGAUCGAAAUAUCUGUCUAGCUGCUGCAACUUUAUCUGACUCUGCAACUCACUGAGUUCGAGGAAACCGAGUCAUCGAUCUAAGGGCAAAACCGGAAAGUGUGAAAUGAAUCGGUCGACGGUAACUGUAGGUCCCGGUAUGGAUAUGCCGAUCAUGCACGACAGUGACCGUUACGAUUUCGUCCGAGAUAUCGGGUCGGGGAACUUCGGAGUCGCUAGGUUGAUGAGAGAUAAGGUGACCAGGGAGCUUGUUGCUGUGAAAUAUAUCGAAAGAGGUGACAAGAUUGAUGGAAAUGUUCAAAGAGAAAUUAUUAAUCACAGGUCACUAAGGCACCCCAAUAUUGUGAGGUUUAAAGAGGUCAUCUUAACUCCUACCCAUCUGGCUAUUGUGAUGGAAUAUGCCUCUGGAGGAGAGCUUUUUGAGAAAAUAUGCAAUGCUGGACGAUUUAGCGAGGAUGAGGCUCGAUUCUUUUUUCAGCAACUCAUUUCAGGAGUUAGCUAUUGUCAUGCUAUGCAAGUAUGUCACCGUGAUCUGAAGUUGGAGAAUACUUUACUGGAUGGUAGUCAGGCUCCUCGUUUGAAAAUUUGUGAUUUUGGAUACUCCAAGUCAUCGGUGCUUCAUUCACAACCAAAAUCAACUGUAGGAACUCCUGCUUACAUUGCUCCAGAGGUGUUGUUGAGGCAAGAAUAUGAUGGCAAGAUUGCAGACGUGUGGUCAUGUGGGGUAACAUUGUAUGUGAUGCUGGUUGGAGCAUAUCCUUUUGAGGAUCCUGAUGAGCCAAAGGACUUCAGGAAGACAAUACAGAGAAUUCUGAAUGUCCAGUAUUCCAUUCCUGACAUGGUUCGGAUAUCUCCUGAGUGUUGUGACCUGAUUUCUCGAAUUUUUGUUUUUGAUCCUGCAGCAAGGAUUACCAUUCCACAAAUCAAGAACCAUGACUGGUUUGUGAAGAAUCUUCCUAUGGACCUAAUGGAUGAAAACACAAUGGGGAAUCAGUUUGAAGAGCCUGAUCAACCAAUGCAGAGCAUUGACACCAUCAUGCAAAUAAUUUCUGAGGCCACCAUACCAGCUGCUGGCGCACAUGUUCUUGAUCGAUAUAUGAAUGACAACCUUGACAUGGAUGAUGAUAUGUCGGACUUUGAUUCUGAAUCCGAGCUUGAUGUAGAUAGCAGUGGUGAGAUAGUUUAUGCACUCUAAUCACAGCAUGUCAAGAUGAGGUGUUUCUUUGAGCAUAUGGACAUAUCAAGAUCUAGCCAGAAAGAAUGUAUUUUAGAAUGCAUUAGGUUAGCAUAGCAACAGCUUAGGAAAGUAAAAUAUGUGCUUUGGUUCUGUCAUGUUCACAAUAUGCAUUUUCUGUUCUGUUCUGUGUGGAGGGAUUUCAUCUUUCUGCUUUACAGAGGUUGGUAACUGGUACAAAUUCUCGAACUUAGGGAUAUGCACCCAUUGCCAUCCCAUUGAACUAUUAUUUACUAGUCACUUUUGUAUUGGUUCUGUGCCUUUUUUUCCUUUCCUUUUAUCUUUUCCUUUUUGAUGCUGUUUGGCUUAAAUCCUUUAAGUCUGUAUGCUCUAUGUAACAGGUGAUUAUAAAUUAAUAUAUAUUUUACAACUAGUUUUUCUCCC